AUGGGUCCUCGUCCUAUAGUCAGCAUCGAGUAUCGUCUUUGUCCCGAAACGACUCUCCCAGAAGGCCCGAUGGAGGAUACAGCUUCCGCCCCUGCAUGGGUGAGGAAGACCCUUCCCUCCCUCUCUUUGACCAGAAAGGACAUAAGGGUAGAUGGUGAAAAGGUCGUGGCAGUUGGCUGGAGCACCGGUGGCUUCUUGGCCAUGAGUCUCUCUUGGAACGCGGCUGAGUAUAACAUUAGACCUCCAGAGGCUAUUCUUGUUUUUUAUUCCCCUUCCGAUUACGAAGACAUCUUUUGGGCGCAGCCCAACAUCCCGGAGGGGUCAGAGUCGGCCUUCCCCAUCACGGCUGGCUUAGAUAUCAUGACCUUUGAUCAGCCAGUCACAGCAUACAAUCCGCCAACCUCAGCCAAGGCAGUAGGUGGGUGGAUGUCAGUACUGGAUCCACGCUCCCGGCUGGUGUUGUAUAUGAAUCACCAGGGCAAGACGCUUGAAGUUCUCCUGCAUGGUGUUUCUGCAAUCAAUGGAGAUACAAAGGUCUCUGAAGAGGAAGCCUUAGCGGUUUCGCCGUUGGCUCAGGUGCAACGAAAACGGUACAGGACGCCAACCUUCAUCAUCCACCCCCGUUAG